UGUAGCGCUUGUGUGAUGUUUGAAAUUACAAAAUGAAAACACUCAUCAAGUUUUCAACGUUUACUUACAAAUGUUUGAAUCCGUCAGCUUGUGAUAAAUUGUGUAACUUCUAUACACCAUCCAGAUAUUUCGCUAGUCACUACAAUAAUCUCAGGGAACCGUGCUUGAGUAGAAUCUGUUAUAGGUUACCGGUUCUUCAUAAACAAAUAUGCACUACUGCUGCAUUAAACGUGAAGCUUUUUGCAGAAGGAGAGAAUGCUUACGCUCAUACGGUUUUUGAGAGACUUCCAGUGUAUUCACAAACUCUAGCUCCUGCCACAAUAGAGGUAAAGCAUGUAUCCGAAGAAAAUUUCCAAGAAAUCGUUAAAACGGAUUGGAGCGACGGUAAAGUGGAUGAUGUAUACGCCGCUUUUGAAACUGUAUCUCACUAUGUAGCUAGCCAUCCACAUGAGAUUUCAGACGAGCUAUUCAGUAACCUAUGUGCAGCUGUCGCGGACAAGAGUGAAAAAAUGUCUGAUGAAAAUCUCUUUGGUAUUCUACGGUGUUUACGUUUGUGGCCGAUGGCAAAGUCAGUAGAAACACCAAACUUUGCUAACAUCUGGCGUUCUGUUGAUAAGGAAUGUGUAAAAAGAAUUAAAACUUGGGAUUUGAACACGGUACUUUACGUCUGUGAUCACUGGUACAAACUAUAUUUGGUACGAAAGUCAGAUUUUAUGUGGUUUGCAAAUUUUAAAUUGGGUAGAAAGCCAACACGUUUGUUGCCUUAUCAACUAAUACAGUGCAUGUUUUAUACUAAUGUUUACCGUAGGUGGCAUCCAGAAUGCAUCAAGUACGAAUUCGAAUACAGUGUUGAGAAGUGCUUUGAUGAACUGUCCCUUGACGAGAUUGGUAUCUUUGCAAUGGGCUUUUUCAAAUCGCAAACAAAAAUUCGCAGCCAUGUCUUGAUAUCAGAAAUACUGGCACGUACAACAAACGAAGUCCGUAAUGUUCAUGACAUCACACUCGCUGCUAUUUUGAAGAUAUUUAGAUACUCCUUAACACCACAUCACGCCGACAUCCUAUACUAUUGUCUAGAGAAAUUAAAGGAUGAGGUGCCCCGCCUUUCACUGUUAAGUCUCGUCCAUGUAGCAUUGGCAGGUACAAACGUGCAGCUGUUUCAUGAAGAUAUGAUGCGCACUAUUUCUCAGCGGUUUUGUGAUGAAGUGAAGACGGCUAGGUUGAAAGACCUGGAGCGUUUCGCCCUAGCCCUCACACAAUACAAUUAUGAUCCGCAGACAACUCCGUGUAUCUACAAGAUAAUAGCUGAGGAACUCCACAGUCCAAGCCGACAACAAGAAAUUGAGCUGUAUCCAAAAUGUCUCGCAUGUUGUUUGUACUAUCUAUCACUGAGAGAUACCUAUCACUUGGAUCUGAUUGACAGUGUUCUACAACAUGAGUUCAUAAAAAAUACUUAUGGUAAAAAUGAGUUUGCCUAUGGACGUGAGUUACUUUGUCUGGAUGUUGGUGUGGAACUGGAAUGCCCAGACUAUAAUGGGAAUAGACUUUCUCAGAGAACAAGAUCAAGGAUUACAAAGAGUAAUACAAAGUGGACUCCAUCAAGGGAAAAAAGAAGCCAUAGCCAAACAGACAAAUUUAUGCUUGAAGUGAUGGACAGUCUUGAAGAAAUUCUUGGAGGACCACAUAAUUUACAUGCUGUACAUAUUCUGCCCCAGUAUGAGAGAGCAGAUAUUGUCUUUGGUAUUGACAACAAUGGAAAGCCAAGUAAUAUACCUGCUCAGUUCAAGGAACUUCCUCUUCAUCUUGUGAAACCACCUCCAACAAAUGAAGAUCAAACUUUGUGGUAUGCUGUUGUAAUUGGAGGAUGGAAUUUAUUUAUAAGAGGGGAGGACAGACCUGUUGGUGCAAUAGUUACCAAAAUUCGACAGCUUAAGAGACUGGGCUACAAACCUAACUUGGUAUCAUGGUUUAAUUGGUCUAUGAUGAAGUCUGAACAGAAGAAAGAAUUUCUUAAAAAUAUGACUGCAGGAAAACAACUUGUUAGAAGUAUUGGACAGGGUUAAAUUUCAUACAUACCAAAGCUAUGUAAUUUAUUUUUGUACAUUCAACAUUUUACAUGAAAAAAUUGGUGUAAUAUAAUUAUUUAUUAAAAAACAGUGAGAUAUUCCACUUU